AUGCGUAUGAUUGAAGUGCUGGCGAACGACCGCCUUGGUCGAAAAGUCCGUGUAAAAUGCAGUCCAGAAGAUACCGUGGGAGAUCUGAAGAAGCUGAUCGCGGCCCAAACAGGCACAGCGCCCGAAAAAAUUGUAUUAAAGAAAGCGUACUCAACGUUUAAGGACCACAUCACUUUGGCUGACUACGAAAUUCACGACGGAGACUCACUCGAACUUCAUUAA